GCCGUGACGUCAGGCGCGGCUGGGGCGCUAUAAGCGGCGGGCGCUGUCCGGUGCUGAGCGGCGGCAGCGGCGGCGGCACAGGAAAUAUUCUAAACAUGGCAGAAACUAAAACUUUCCAGCUCAGAGCAGCCUGCACUCUCACCUUUUUCUUCCUCCUGAUCUCUUGGGUUGAUGCAGCUUCCUUCCAGCAGCAUCAGCUGCUUCAGAAAGAUCCAGACUAUGUGAUGAAGAGCUUACAGAGGUUCCCAAAUCCUGAUAUGAUCAAAGCUCUGGAAUACAUAGAAGACCUUCGCAAGCAAACUAACAAGGGAGAAAGCAGCCCUGAUUACGGCUCUUAUCAAAGUGUCCCAUAUCUCCUGCAGCAGAAAGAGAACAAAGAUCAGGUUCACCUACCAGAAAAUGUAAGGGAUUCUUUGACUGAAGAUGAGUCCCAGUGGGUCAAGGUAAUGCUGGAAGCCUUGCGGCAAGCUGAGAAGGAGUCAAAAUCCGGCCCGAAGGAGAAUAAACCUUAUGGUCUGGGUUCAGAUAACAACUUUCCAGCUGGAGUAAUGGACGAUUACGAGGCCUACAAGUGGCCUGAGAGGUGGCAAAAGUACCUCAAAAUGCCUCUUGGGCACUACGAAGACAGUUCAAGAGAUAACCCUUUCAAGCGUACUAACGAGAUAGUGGAGGAGCAAUACACCCCCCAGAGCCUCGCCACGCUGGAGUCUGUGUUCCAGGAGCUGGGCAAGAUGGCAGGCUCAAACAACCACAAGAAGGAGAGGCUGGAUGAGGACCAGAAAUUGUAUGCAGACGAUGAAGAUGACAUCUACAAAGUGAAUAACAUCGCCUACGAAGAUGUGGUUGGAGGAGAAGAUUGGAAUCCCAUAGAGGAAAAAGUGGAAAGUCAAACCCAGGAGGAGAUAAAAGACAGCAAGGAGGAGAUUGACAAACACGAGGAGGAGAUGGACGAUGAAAUGAAAAGGUCGGGAAAGCUCAGCUUCCUGGAGGAUGAAAUCAGAAGAGAUAACAAAGAGCAGGUGUCGGAGGAUGUUUCAAAGCUGAUGAAUUAUUACCUGAAGAGGCUGGUGGGUGGUGCUGGGAAGAGGAAAUUAAGGACUGGAGGAGAACUUGAGGAAAAAAGAGCGCCUGCCUUCUUGGACAAGCAGCUUGACCCUCAAUCUGUAGCGCAACUGAUCGAGCUCUCAAGGAGCUUACAAAUUCCUCCAGAGGAUUUGAUAGACAUGUUGAGAGCUGGAGAAAGAAAGCAGCUGCAGAGUGAAAGGCUGGAAGCCGAGCAGGAAGCGGAAUUCCCAGAUGACCUGGACGAGAUGACUGAACCCAAUGUAGGGCAGAGCGAUAUAUUUAAAGCCAGCCUAAGCUCCAAAAACGGCUACGCCAAGCAGCCUCUUAAUGCUAUCCCAGAAAACCUGCCCGAAGACCUCAAUCUGGAAGACAUCAUCAGUCUCCUGGGAACUGACAACUUGGCUAACCAGAGUCCCUCCUACCUGCUAACCCGGCUUAAUCAAGAGAACGACUUGCCAAGGCUGGCUUACGUUCCCAGGAGGCUGAAGGGCCGCCCGUUCCCCAAGGCUGCCUGGCUGAACGACUUGGAGAGGAGGCAAAUGGACUACGAGAAGCUGGACGAGAAGGACGAAGAGCUAGCCGAUUACUUGGCAAAGGUGCUGGCAAAGUACCCGGACGUCGUCAACACCAACCAAGCCAAACGAGUCCCGCUGCCAGCUCCUGAAAGCGACCUGCAGGAAGACGACCAGCUGGAGCAGGCCAUCAGGGAGCACCUAAGCCAGCUGGGACCACAGGAGGCCUCGAAGCUGGCUUCGCUCAGCAAAAGGCUCUCCAUGGCCGGGGAGAGCGAUGACACGCAAACCAGGCAGUACCUGGACGAGGAUAUGCUAGCAAAGGUGCUGGAGUAUCUCAAACAGGAGAAAGCAGAGCUGGAAAGGGAUCACAUCACUAAGCGGGCCAUGGAGAACAUGUAACGCUUCCCCAGCUCUCAUUCCUCUUCAAUGUGUUGACUUCUACCCCAAUUCAGUUGUAAUUUCUCCCCGCUCUCCCACUUAACCAACCUCUGGUAGACUACCUACCAUUGAACAGGCUGCAUAUCUUUUCUCAGAGCUGUAAUCUUGUUUGUUGAUAUCCUUCUAGCUGUCAGAAAUGAUGGGGCAGACAGCAGACUGCUCCAGGUGUUUUAAGAAACGACUUCAUGAAACCAAGCACCACCACCACGUGUAAACGAAAGACCUCUGCAUUGCUGAUGAGACCAUGAUUAAAUGAGGAGUGGCAAGUUAUCAUUUGAGAUUUUUAAGGUUAUUUUGUUACUGUCUGUACUGUUUUUUUUUUCUUUCUUUCUUUCUUUUUGUGGAGUAUCGAAUAAACAAAGAAUCUAAAGCAUAAAAUAUAUAUAUAUAGUUUUAUUUACAAGGCUUUUUCUAUUCAGUGUUUUAUGGUUGAUGAAUAAAUUAUUUCUGGACAAA